GUCAGCAUGUCGCCAUUUCCGCUGUUUAUCGUAACAUGUUAAGAAUACGAGCUGGCAAGUUUUUGCGUAUUAUAAGUUAUAUUUUUCAAAUGAUGUGACGUAAUAAAAAAUUAACUCGCUCUCUCAAAACCUCGCCAUCGCUCGAUUUAAGAGACAGAAUAAACCCUGAUUUCUGUAGGCUUCUUGUUUCUCUUUCUUGGCAUUGCUAGCCUUGAACAUUUCAUCGUUUCUUUUUUAAGGUAACGUUAUUUUGUGUUAUUAGUGUUUUUAUUUUUUAAUCUUACCCUUUCGUUUCUUUCUUUUAUGUCCUGUUAAUUUUAUAAUGAAUUGUUACGUUGCACCGUGCAAAAAUGCAUAUAACUGUGUUAACCAAGGGGAAGUGUGAGAACUUGUUAAAAGAACCCACUAGUAAGUGCCCAUUCUGCAAGUACACCAGCAUGCCACCGAUGGUGCAUUAUCAUAUUAAAAAUCACUUACAGUUGGCAGUGACACACCUAGAUUUCACAAUCGUAAAAUGCAAUUUAAACUGUCGGCAAAAAUCCCACUUUCACUGCUGCUAUUGUUCAGAGACAGUGAUACGUCGGGCACAGUUGCUGAUGCACAUCGCCAACCAUUCUAUAAAGUCUUCACCAAAUCAGACUGAGACGCCUUUCACCCUGCAGCCACAGCAUCCUGUUAUCCUGCAAUAUCAGACGCCCGUCGUCCUGCAGCCUCAGACGCCCGUCCCUCUGCAGCCUGGGACCCCCACCGCCCUGCAGCCUGGGACCCCCGCCGCCCUGCAGCCUGGGACCCCCGCCGCCCUGCAGCCUGGGACCCCCGCCGCCCUGCAGCCUGGGACCCCCGCCGCCCUGCAGCCUGGAACACCCUUCCUUCAGCCUCAGAUACCAGGGAUGCCCGCUGGCCCACAGCCUCAGAUGCCCACCAUCCAGGAGCCCGAGAAACCCGCCGCCCAGCUCUCUCAGAUACCAGAUACUCUGCAGCCUGAGUCGCACACUGUCCUGCAGCCUCUGUCUCCCGCUCUCCUCCCAAAACACUCUACAAAAAGGACUGUCACUUGCAGCCAAUGCGAUUUAACAUUGCUGGCGAAAAAUCUAAGAGUUCACAUUGCAAGGCAUCACACUGAUAUUGAAAAGCACUUUCAGUCUCAGUGCAUUGACUGUAACAUCGGUAUUUUUGCAGUUCAGAAAGCUUUUCACAGCCAGGCAACACCCAUUCAUGUGAUCAAAAAUACCUGGGACCGGAACCAGCGCUUAGAAUGUGAACUUGAGGAGUGCAAUUUAAGUUCACAGUUUGCCCCUAACAGUGGAAUACUGCCUUCCGAGUGCUGCCAUGUGAAAUCGCUGUCAUUUUGUCCUGAAGUUGACCACCCUAAUGUUACAGUGACUGAAAACAGUCUCUCUCAGCUGGUGCAGCAGGAGUGCUUUGGCGAGGCGAGGAAAGCACAGCUGUUACUGCUACAGCAACAGGCGAAUACCGCUGACACACCUUUGUCCGUUCACGUUACCGUUGGAGGGCCAUCAUCAAAGUACUUCAUUUCUGUUUUUGAACCAGAGAAGUCAUAUUACAGUAGGAUGGGACGAGUAAUGGUGGCUUUUGAAAAAAAUAAAAGUAGCUGGUAUUGUCCAUGUGCAAAACCUCGCCAAUCUUGUAUUCAUAAAGACACAGCGAAGUGGCAUCUUUUCCAAAUGCUACCAGAACUCUUCAAGAAUAUCUUGAGUUCAGAGUAGGUUUUUAACACUGGGACAUGUAAUGAUUGAGAUAAGUGCCUUUGGAAGUGACUUUGUGGACUUUUUCGCCACCUAGUGGUCAAAGCGUAUAACUGCACGUCAUGUCAUAAUUGUUGGUAAAUGUUCACAACCCCAUAACAUGAAUUGAAAUUAUGAAAAUAGUCCAUAUCUGUGGAAAAUUGUUAUUGAAUUUGGCAUUUACCAAAAACGUAAUGGAGUAAAAGGAUUGGAAUAAUUAUUAUACUCCAUUAUUAUUUGGAGAAAAGCUGAAUCCCCCCUUAUUUAGUGAAUUUUUUAAGCAAGUCAUUUAAGUAUUCAAUCUCUGUAGACCUUACAUAAAAUGUUAAGUAAAAUUUUACAUCACAUGGUCUUAUCGCUGAGCUAACAAGCCAAUAAACCAGAAUUUGAAUUUUAUUAUAACUUUUCCAACCGCCAAUGAAAUACUCAUGUCUAUGUAAGCCACCUAGAAAACCACAACCUUUACUUCUCUGGAAUGAAUUUAAAAUAUGUUCAUCUUAUAGAUGUUUAUUAAAUGAGACAGAGAUACAGCUGUUGCGUUAAAUAGUCCUUUGUGAGAAAGUUCUUUGCUUGAUUCCAAAUAAACCACACCUUUGUGAUCUA